AUGGACAUGGACCAGGACCCUCGCAAGCGGCUCUACUUUGCUGACGGCCGAAGGAAAGUGGACUAUGUGCUGGUGUUCCACUACAGAAAGCGUUCCUCCAUCAGGGGGUCUCCUAGUCAGCACAGACUGUCCAUCAUCUCCAAUGGAAGUUAUCAUUUAGGAGUGGAGGAAAAAGACCCAGAGGGAGGGAAAGAGGAGCCAGCGGAGGUGGUAGUUGAUGUCGGACCACCGGACCCAGCCGAAGGGGAGAAAAUCAUGAUCAGAGAAGAGUUUGAGGGCAGUUUAAAGACAGCAGGGCUGGAAAUUGAACGUGAUAAAGAGAACAAGGCUCAUGGUCAUGCCUUUAUCCGGUUACAUGCGCCUUGGCAGGUAUUGAGCAGAGAGGCAGAGUUUCUCAAGAUCAAGGUGCAGACCAAGAAGAGCUACGAGCUGAGGGAAGAAAAAGGUCUGGCCGCUACUAUGAAUGAAGUGUGGCGGAAGUUAAAUCAACCGUUCCAGCCCAAAGUACCUCAUCAGGAGCAAGAGAACAGCCGCACCAAGUUCCUCACACACUGUUUCUCCCGGGACAAGCUCCACCUGUACAACAUACAGUCAAAGGACACCUUCUUCGACAAUGCCACAAGGAGCCGAAUAGUGUAUGAAAUCCUCAGACGCACCGCCUGCACACGGACCUGCCAAACCAUGGGUAUCACCACGCUGAUAGCUAAUGGGGUUUAUGAUUCAGCAUUCCCACUGCAUGAUGGUGACUUCCACUCCUCUGGACAAGCCGAGGGAAAAAAUGAAAGACAACUGUUACAUGACGAAUGGGCAAGAUAUGGUGCUUUUUACAAGUAUCAGCCUAUCGAUCUUAUCAGGAAAUACUUUGGCGAGAAGAUUGGUCUGUACUUUGCCUGGCUCGGUGUGUAUACUCAGCUUCUGAUCCCUGCAUCUUUGGUGGGCAUUAUCGUCUUCUUCUAUGGCUGGGCCACUGUGGAAACCAACGUACCUAGCCUAGAGAUGUGUGACGAGACUCAGAACUUUACUAUGUGUCCGCUCUGUGAUCGGGUGUGUGACUACUGGCAUCUGAGCACAGCGUGCGGUACGGCACGUGCCAGCCAUCUCUUCGACAACCCGGCCACCGUGUUCUUCGCCAUCUUCAUGUCCCUCUGGGCUGCCAUGUUUCUGGAGCACUGGAAGCGCCGACAGAUCAGCCUGAACUAUAGCUGGGAUCUGACAGGCAUGGAGGAGGAGGAGGAGCAUCCCAGACCCAAAUAUGAAACCAUUCUCCUUCAGAAGAGGCAGAGGAAGAAGAAAAACAAGAAGAACAAAAACGAGACUGGACAUGAGAAGCUAACAUGGAGGGACAGACUGCCUGGAUAUCUAAUCAACAUCUCCUCCAUUCUGUUCAUGUUUGGAGUGACGUGCUCUGCAGUCUUCAGCGUCAUCAUUUACCGAAUCACCAUCUCCGCCCUUAUGGCGAUGAGCCCAGACCCUGAUGUUAAAUCCAACGUGAGGGUGACCGUCACAGCCACCGCCGUCAUCAUCAACCUGGUGGUCAUCCUCAUUUUAGAUGAAAUCUACGGCAUGGUGGCUGCCUGGCUAACAGAACUAGAGAUCCCGAAAACUGAGACCAACUUUGAAGAGCGUCUGAUUCUGAAGGCGUUCGUCCUGAAGUUCAUGAAUGCCUACGCACCGAUCUUUUACGUGGCCUUCUUCAAGGGGAGGUUUGCGGGCCGCCCUGGUGACUAUGUAUAUGUCUUCCAUGACUACCGAAUGGAAGAAUGUGCUCCUGGUGGCUGUCUAAUUGAACUCUGCAUCCAGCUCAGCAUCAUCAUGUUGGGGAAGCAGCUUAUUCAGAAUAACGUCUUUGAGAUCGGCAUUCCAAAGCUGAAGAAGUUGUGCCGCACGCUAAAAGACAAAGAUCGGGAGGCCAAGGAGAUUGUGGAGCAGCCGGGCCGCCGGCAACAGUGGCACAUGGACUACGACUUGGAGCCGUUUGAAGGGCUCACACCUGAAUACAUGGAGAUGAUCAUUCAGUUUGGUUUCGUGUCACUCUUCGUGGCCUCGUUCCCGCUGGCUCCGCUUUUUGCUCUCCUAAACAAUGUCAUCGAGAUACGCCUUGAUGCCAAGAAGUUCGUCACGGAGCUCCGUCGGCCAGACGCCGUUAGGACCAAAGACAUCGGUAUCUGGUACAACAUCUUGAGCGGUUUAGGAAAGUUCUCAGUCAUCAUCAAUGCCUUUGUCAUCUCCUUCACGUCCGAUUUCAUCCCUCGUCUGGUCUACCAGUACAUGUACAGCGAGACGGGAACCAUGCACGGCUUCAUAAACCACACGCUAUCUUACUUUAACGUCAGCAACUUCAAACCAGGAACCGUGCCUUCAAUGUCCGACAUUACAGUCUGCAGGUACAAGGACUACAGAGAACCUCCAUGGUCGAAUGAGCCUUACCAGUUCUCCAAACAGUACUGGUCCGUUCUAGCAGCUCGGUUAGGUUUCGUCAUUUUAUUCCAGAACCUGGUGAUAAUCAUGAGCAUGCUGGUGGCCUGGCUGAUCCCGGACAUGCCCAAAAACAUCAGCGAGCAGCUUAAGAAGGACAAGACGCUUCUAGUGGACGUCUUCCUGAAUGAAGAAAAGGAGAAGCUGCAGCUGAUCCAGAGCCUGUUCUCCAAAGAUCUGACGCACAAGCAGCAGGACGAGCACCAGCAGCAGGUUUCGGACAAAACCUCGCUGCCUCUCCAGCAAAGCCAGCCUGGAUUUCUCCCUCCGUCCUCGUCCCCUGCCUCUACAGCUCCUCGAACCCGAGCACGAGCCGCCAGCUUCAGUCAGUUCACCCGGCAGAUGUCCAUGUCUCCCCGCAAGGACGUCACCCAGCAUACGGCGGUGUGACGAGACGCUGGACAAGUCUGGAGGAUUUGCUAAAGCGUGAGGCUUGAGUUUUGGGAAUCAGGUGCCCGCGUUCGUUCUCCUCAUAUAUUUGUUUUGUUUUUUCACACCGGAGCACUGGACUGUACAUUUCGAAUGUCUGUCUCGGAUGUUUCAGCCACGUCUCGAGCUUUUGCAAUAGGGGGACGCAAUCAUUCCAUAUGCAUUGCAAAACACGCGAUGAACGCAGGAUGUUUAUCGAAUAAAUACAGCUGCGUACAUUUUGGUGACGUCUUGCAGAAUCUGUUACAUGCUGUCCAAACUGCACAUUGUCCACAAGAUGUAGCAUAUAACGGCAAAUAAUAAUAAUAAUCGUUUUCUCAGGUAACAGCGGCACUGUAGGCUGUACUCGUUCAUUAAUGACCGCUCUUGGAUUAAGCAAGACUUUGGUAGUAGGUUAAGGUGCAACGAUGACAAUUUCAAUCUUGGACGUAUUCUGUCAAACUCUCUUUUUUCAAAACCAUGCAGCCCUUUCGUAAUGUAACACAUUAAAGUCGCCAUGAAAUGGAGGUUAAGGGUGCCCUUUUUGUGACUCGGAUUUGGUCCUGAAAUGAGAGAACGUGCUUGAUUUUGUUUUCCAUCAUCAAUCAUGCAUUUUCCAAUCGCAUUUUGAAGUAGAUUGGACUGUUGGUAGAUGACCGUGGCUAAUAAAAUGAAGGAAGAUUGACGAAUGGACGAAUUCAGAGCAGAAAUGAGAUGCCCUCAUAUGCCCCACCCCAAAGGACUGAUAGCCCUACCCUAAAGGAAUUCCCUGUGACCAGGAAGUAAAGAAAAGUCAUUUCGAGUUGCAGGGAAGAUUAUGGUAUUGAUUUAAGUUUAUGUGCUCAAGACAUUGUUUACACUGCAAAAAAGGCUUUUCAUACUUCUAGUCCAAAAAUCUAACGGUUCUUAAAUCAGGAGAUGCAAAGCAUAUAGUCUUUUGUUAAGUAACAAUAAGCCAAAAUUUACCCAAGAUUUUCCCUUUAAACCAGCUAAAUAAUCUGCCAAUGGGGUAAGCAAAAUAAUCUUCUGUGAGAAGGAAAAACAAGACUAUUUUAGAAAAAAAAAGACUUUAUUUUGGCAUGUUAUUUAUUAAAAAAUAAUAAUAUGUUUUGAUUGUCGAGAAAAUGCUAAUUGAUUUAAGAAUUGUUCGAUAUUUGGACUAGAAAAAAAGACCAAAAAUCUUAAUAAAUAAAGCAUUUUUUGCAGUGUAUAACAAGAACUACUACAUAUACACACUACCUCACUAAAGUCUUGUCGCCUAUCCAAGUUUUAGGAACAACAAAAACUAACUUGACUUCUAGUUGAUCAUUCGGUAUCAGAAGUGGCUUAUAGGAAAGGCAAAGGCCUCUAGAUUACGCUUAUUUUACCAAAAUAAAAUAUGAUCAUGCCUUAAUUUCAAUGUUGAAGUAUGACUUUAAUUAAUAUUGUGUAUGACUCCCAUGAGCUUGGAGGACUGCAUCCAUACAUCUCUGCAAUGACUCAAAUCACUCAUUAAUAAAGUCAUCUGGAAUGGCAAAGAAAGCGUUCAUGCAGGACUCCCAGAGUUCACAAAAUCCAUUGGAUUUAUCUUCAAUGCCUCCUCCUUCAUCUUACCCCAGACAUGCUCAAUAAUGUUCAUGUCUGGUGACUGGGCUGGCCAAUCCUGGAGCACCUUGACCUUCAGGAACUUUGAUGUGGAGGCUGAAGUAUGAGGAGCGCUAUCCUGCUGAAGAAUUUGCCCUCUCCUGUGGUUUGUAAUGUAAUGGGCAGCACAAAUGUCUUGAUACCUCAGGCUGUUGAUGUUGCCAUCUGCUUUGCAGAUCUCUUGCACGCCCCCACACUGAAAUGUAACCACAAACCAUGAUUUUUCCUUCACUAAACUUGACUGAUUUCUGUGAGACUCUUGGGUCCAUGUGGGUUCCAGUCUUCUGCAGUAUUAGUGAUGAUUGGGAUGCAGUUCAACAGAUGAUUAAUCAGAAAAAUCAACCUUCUGCCACUUUUCCAAAUGAUCGACUAGAAGUUAUUAUUUGUUGCUCUUACAACUGAGACCGACGGUAAGACUUUUGUCUGGUAGUGUACAUAUAGCAAAUUUUGAUUUCAUGGCGACUUUAAGGCAAUGUAACUAAACUUGCGUUUGUCAAUCCAUAUAUUUAAGCUAUGCCUCCUCCUGGGCUGUAGAUUGGGAUCACACACACAGCAUUGGCUGUAUUUAUGGUCAUGGAGCAGCUGGUCUUUUUUUGUGCCAUGUCAACGAUAAUCCUCCCGUGAGUUCUGCCGGUGUGGGAAGGUUACUGUCAUCCAGGGAGGAAGCAAAGGAUGGAUGUUGUGUGCCAACAUCUGGCCAUCAAGUCCUCAUUCACUAUGCCUCAUAGGACUUAAUAUCUCAUGC